CGCAGGACGGCUUCGGAAUGGCGGUCAACGGGGAAGCGGCGUCCCAGGCGGGCGCUGCCGGCGCAGCAGGCGCGUUGAGUCUGCCCGCUCCGCAGGGCUCGUCGCUGGUCGAACGGGGCAGCCUCGGGGGUUUCCAGCUGACCCCCGUCGCGCGGAAGGCGGAUCCCUUGGACCUGGUGGCUCUGGCGGAGGAAGUGCAGAAGGCCGAUGAUUUUGUCCGAGCAAAUGCCUGCAACCGACUGACUGUCAUAGCCGAACAAAUCCGUUACCUGCAAGAACAAGCCCGGAAGGUUUUGCAAGAUGCAGCCAAAAAUGCCGACUUGCACCACGUGGCCUGCAACUUUGUGAAGAGGCCGGGAAAUGUCUACUACCUGUACAGACGGAAAAGCGGGCAGAGAUAUUUCUCCAUCUUAUCGCCUAAGGAAUGGGGCCCCAGCUGCCCCAGUGAGUUCCUCGGCGCUUACAGACUGCAGCAUGACAUGUCCUGGACCCCUUCGGAGGACAUUGAGAAGCGAGAAGCGGAGCUGAAUGUCUUGGAGAAGCUGCUGAGCCAGCAAGCCGCUCUCCCGCCCUGCACCGAGCCAAACUUCCAGGGCCUGACCAUGUGAAGUCGCUUCACGGGCAACUCGAAUGGAGGCAGCUUGUGGGAGGCGCCACUGUUCCUUUCCUGGACUUGCAGUGUGGGGCCAGAACUGCAAGAGGAGCAUCUUCAGAGCGCUGUUACCUCAGGCUGCUGUCUGGAAGUGUUGGACUGGGUCCCCUCCCAUUGAUCCGUGAACAUGAACAAACAAGGGCUGUUUUUAGGUAGCUUGCGGUUGGUUUUCUUCAAGUGUUUGCACAGUUUUUGGUUAAGCGGUUUGGCUGUGAAUCAGCACUCUGCUGGUUCGAAUCCCACUACUGCCGUGAGGUCAUUUGGGAAUAAUAACACUUACUUGUUUACUGGUCUGAGUGGGGCACUCAUCUGUCUAAGAGAGCAGUAUAUAAGCAUAGUUAUCAUUAUCCACUUAGAAAGAGGCCUCUGUAUCCAAAGUUGAUGCCUGCUGGAGGGCAACCCGAGAUGAGUUUCCAGUUGCCAGAUCUGUAAUGAUCAGUAAAUUUUCCUCUAAUGGCUUCUGUCUUUUGAUCCCAUUUUAAUCCUGCUUUUCCACUAAGGAGCUCGGAGAGGCGAACGUGGUUCUCCUGUUUUCUGUUUUUUUCCUUCACAAUCCUAUCAGGCAGACUAGACAGACAGACACAGUUCUUUUGUGUGUGUGUGUGUGUGUGUGUGUGGUGUGUGUGUGUGUGUGUGUGUGUGUGUGAGAGAGAGAGAGAGAGAGAGAGAGAGAGAAAGAGAACAAGAUUUACAGAGCGUAAAAUUCAAGAGCCAGAGCUUCCUUCUUCAGAUACCAAGAGAAGAAGGUGCCUCUAAGGUGCCACUGGACUCAAAUCCUGCUGUUCCACUGCAGGCCAACACAGCUACCCACCUAAACUAUGGCUGAGUGGGCAUUCGAACCUGGGUGUCCACAGAUUGGUCCCGACACUAACAAAUAGGUCCCCCUGACUUUUCUGAGCCACUGAUCCCAUUUUAUUCUUGAGUUUAAGUGCAGCCUGUGUUAGUCAGUAUUGGGUUUCUUGUAGCAUCUCCUGACUAAGUGUGUGAUCCGGAAGCCAAAGCUUUGACAGGGACCUUAAACCACUAAAGUUUUGGUAGUGGAUCUUAAACCAUUUGUUGUUCUCUUGGCCCCUAUCACCAAAUCUGGGGGUGAUAAUACUGUCUUAUUUUGCAGCGCUGUUGUAAAAUGAUCGAGCUAAAGAGUGAAGCGUUUGGAAGACAUUGAGUGUGGCAAAUAAAUUGCUAAAUAUU